AUGGGUCAGGGCAAGGGUCAGGAUAUGGGUCAGGGCAAGGCUGGCAGAUCAGCUAAUAAUGCAGACAACGGGGCUGCCAACAGUUCGGACAACGGGGCUGCCAACAGUUCGGACAACGGGGCAGCCAACAGUUCGGACAACGGGGCAGCCAACAGUUCGGACAACGGGGCAGCCAACAGUUCGGACAACGGGGCAGCCAACAGUUUGGACAACGGGGCUGCCAACAGUUCGGACAACGGGGCUGCCAACAGUUCGGACAACGGGGCUGCCAACAGUUCGGACAACGGGGCAGCCAACUGUUCGGACAACAGGGCAGCCAACUGUUCGGACAACAGGGCAGCCAACUGUUCGGACAACAGGGCAGCCAACAGUUCGGACAACGGAACAGCCAACAGUUCGGACAACGGUGCAGCUAAUAGUUCAGAUAACGAACGGCCAACAGUUUGA